AUGGAGCAAUCAGUGCAAGAGCUCAUCGAUUUCCGAUGGUUCACCGUGUGUUAUUCGGCGAUUCAGAUCAUCGGGAUUCUAAUUAUUGCGUUGCUGAUUGCAUGGCUGACCAAUCAUUGCGGAGGUUUCGCAUGGGCCGCUCAUCCUCAGUUGCAAUUCAACUGGCACCCGUUGCUGAUGGUCGUCGGCAUGAUUUACAUGUAUGCCAAUGACUUUAUUUUGAGCAUUAAUCCGAGCAGGAGAAUAAAGAUGGAGCAAUCAGUGCAAGAGCUCAUCGAUUUCCGAUGGUUCACCGUGUGUUAUUCGGCGAUUCAGAUCAUCGGAAUUCUAAUUAUUGCGUUGCUGAUUGCAUGGCUGACCAAUCAUUGCGGAGGUUUCGCAUGGGCCGCUCAUCCUCAGUUGCAAUUCAACUGGCACCCGUUGCUGAUGGUCGUCGGCAUGAUUUACAUGUAUGCCAAUGGAAUGCUGGUGUACCGAGUGUUCCGGACGGAGCGGAAGCGGAAGUUGAAGAUCGUUCACGCAGUUGCCCAACUUUUCACCUUCUUCCUCUUCGUCAUCGGUCUCAAGGCAGUUUUCGACGCUCACGAAGCGUCGAAAACGCCAAAUUUGUACUCACUUCACAGUUGGUUUGGCAUCUGGGUCGCCGGAUUUCUGUCGUUCCUCUUCCCGGGGAUCAAGCACGCUUUCAGGUCAAAAUAUUUGCCCAUCCACACGCUCUUCGGAUUAAUCAUAUUCUCGCUGAGCUGCAUCACGGCACUGAUGGGGUUAUUAGAGAAAGCAGUCCUCAAAUUGUCAAAGGAUAACUUGUAUGAGCAACUCGGCUCCGAAGCGGUGCUCAUCAACGUGACCGGAAUAUUCAUCCUCAUUUUCGGCAUGCUUGCCAUCUUCAUCACGGCCCAGCCGGGCUACAAACGGAAGCCCUUGCCCGAGGACGAACUCCUUCUAACUGACGCCAUUCACGAGUGA